UUGAUACCUUCUAUUCAGAGUAUCGGCGAAUCGUCAACGUCAACACAAUCCGAAGAGGAACGAACAAUCUCACAUACACAACCGGAGCAAGAAACAAAAUUAGAUGAUCAGGCUAUCCACCAAGGGAACGGCAAAUCAUUUCGUCCAGUGAUCGGACGUAAAAAGAGACGAUCGAAAGAGUCAGCUGAGAACAAACGAGAACGAAAAGCAUGGCGGACGUUGGCAAUAAUUACGGGUACAUUUGUCGCCUGCUGGACACCGUUCUUCUUAGUCUCACUGUAUAGACCGAUAUGUCGAUGUACAAUACCGCGCCCCGUGGAAGCAGUUACUGCUUGGCUUGGCUAUCUCAAUUCGGCGCUGAAUCCGAUUAUCUACACGGUGUUCUCUCAGGAUUUCCGUGCUGCUUUCAAGAAAAUCGUCAGACGUCUCUUUCUACUCAAAGACUACUAA